UCCUCACCGCCGCUUCUCCCUUUCCUUUUCCCCCUUUUCUUCCCCUCUUUCUACUCUUCCACAGGUGACUGUGAUUUCUCAUUUCUCUUCUCGCCGGUCGGAGCUCUCCCAUUUUCCGGCGAAACCCUAGUCCUCCAGCUACCCUCUCCCUCUCGCAGAACCAUCGAGGCUUUCUUGCAAAGGUAAUUGGACAAAUUAUAGCUGGUGAUAAAGCAAUUGUCUACAUUCCUAUAGAAGCUUCCAAUGGCAGAAACCCCAAAGAAGAAAGCCAAACAAUCCCUUAACACAACCCCCAUUAAGCAACACAAGCAACUGCCUGUUUCUAAUUUAUCUCCUUUAAACCCUAUUGUCCCUCCAACUCCACAAACCCUAGACCCCACCCCUCGCCGCCGCUCCCUCCGCCUUACCUCCAUUCCUCAAACCCCACCACUACCUUCGCCUCCAUCUUCUGCCCGCUUCUGUAAAUCUCUCAACUUCACUCCCAAAAGUGCUACAGAUUCAGCAAGAAGAAAAUCAAAGCUCACUGUUUCAACCCCCAUUUCGACACCGAGACCCACUGAAUCGAAGAGGAAAAGGAAAUCUUCAGAGAACAAGAAUGUGGCUGUUGAAAAAAGAAGCAGUUUAAGGGGUUGUAAGAAGAGGGUGUAUUAUAAAAAGGUGGUUUAUGAUGGGGGAGAGUUUGCUGUGGGGGAUGCUGUGUAUGUGAAGAGAAGAGAAGAUGCGAGUUCGGAUAAUGAGGAUCCCGAAGUGGAGGAAUGUAGGAUUUGUUAUAGGCCAGCAGGGAGGGUGAUUAUGGUUGAAUGUGAUGAAUGCUUAGGAGGGUUUCAUUUGAAGUGUUUGAAGCCACCACUGAAAAAGGUUCCUGAAGGGGAUUGGAUUUGUGUGUAUUGUGAGGCAAAAAAAUUAGGGAAAAUGGUGGAAAUGCCUGCACCACCCAAGGGAAAGAAACGAGUAAGGACUGCCAAGGAGAAGUUACUUGACAGUGAUCUAUGGGCGGCUUGUAUUGACAGUAUAUGGAAAGAAGUGGAUGGUACCUACUGGUUUCGGGCACAUUGGUAUAUUAUUCCCGAGGAAACGGCUGCAGGAAGACAGCCACAUAACUUAAGGAGAGAACUCUAUCGGACUAAUGAUUUUGCUGAUGUUGAGAUGGAAUCUGUCAUCAGACAUUGCUAUGUUAAGAAUCCAAAAGAAUUUGAGAAGGCGAGAAAUGAUGGAGAUGAUGUUUUCCUCUGUGAAUAUGAGUAUGACAUUCACUGGCAUAGUUUCAAGCGCAUUGCUGAGAUUGAAGAUAAUGAUGUGGACGAGGAAGAAGCUGAGAAAGACGAGGACUGGAACUCUUGUGAAGAUCCAGAUUCUGACGUGGAUGAUGCAGUAGAGUAUGAAGAGGAAAACCAAAGUAAUCCAUUAACCAGACCAUCUCCAGCUCAUCCGUUGGCUGCGAAUUCAAGAAAGGGACGCUUUUUUGGACUACAAAAGAUAGGUGCAAAGAAGAUACCAGAACAUGUGAGAUCUCACAAGCUUACUGAACUUGAGAAAGCAAAAGGAACCCUUUUACUGGCAACUUUGCCCAAGUCUCUACCUUGUAGGACUAAAGAAAUGGAAGAGAUAACUACUUUCAUAAGAGGUGCAAUAUGUGAGGAUCAAUGCCUGGGCAGAUGCCUUUACAUACAUGGUGUUCCUGGGACAGGAAAGACAAUGAGUGUACUAGCAGUAAUGAGGAAUUUAAGGUGUGAAGUUGAUGCAGGGAGCAUUAAACCUUAUUGUUUUGUGGAGAUUAAUGGCCUAAAAUUGGCUUCACCUGAGAAUAUUUACAGUGUUAUUUAUGAAGCACUUAGUGGGCAUAGGGUCGGUUGGAAAAAGGCUCUUCACUUCUUGAAUGAGCGGUUUUCAGAUGUGACUGAAUGCAGCAAAGAGGACAACCGCCCAUGUAUUCUACUUAUAGAUGAACUUGAUCUCCUGGUUACCAGAAAUCAAGCGGUUUUAUAUAACAUUCUCGAUUGGCCUACAAAGCCAAAUUCCAAACUGAUUGUUAUAGGUAUUGCAAAUACUAUGGAUCUUCCGGAGAAGUUGCUUCCGCGGAUUUCAAGUCGUAUGGGCAUACAAAGACUUUGCUUUGGUCCAUAUAACUAUCAACAGCUUCAAGAAAUUAUUGUAACUCGCCUCAAUGGAAUUGAUGCCUUUGAAAAACCGGCAAUUGAAUUUGCUUCAAGGAAGGUGGCAGCCGUUUCAGGUGAUGCACGCCGUGCACUAGAAAUAUGUAGGCGAGCUGCGGAACUUGCAGACUAUCAUGCUAAGAAAUUGCUAUCAAUUCCCAAUUCUGCUGCAGCAGGUAAAAUACUUGUCAGAAUGGCAGAUGUUGAAGCAGCCAUUCAGGAAAUGUUCCAGGCUCCUCAUAUCCAAGUGAUGAGAAGCUGCUCCAAACUGAGUAAAAUCUUCUUGGCAGCUAUGGUUUAUGAGGGUCAUAAGACAGGGAUGAGUGAGACCACCUUUGACAAGUUAGCAAUAACUGUUUCCUGUCUCUGUACAAGCAACAGUGAAAAAUUUCCAGGGUGGGAUACGCUUUUAAAAGUCGGAUGCAAGCUUGGUGAAUGCAGAAUACUUCUAUGUGAAUCUGGAGUGAAGCAUAAAUUGCAAAAGUUACAGCUCAACUUCCCAAGUGAUGAUGUUUCUUUUGCACUUAAAGACAGCAAGGAGUUGCCAUGGUUGGCUAAGUAUCUAUGAUUUGUGGAUGUUCGAGUUUGGCUGCAAUCUUUUUCCUUCAUAGAUACUCAUUGGUUUCAUAUCCUUUUUCCCAGUCAUUUUCAGUUCACGUCAAACUUGAAGAUUCUUCACAAAAACAGUUCGGUUUUCCUUGUUAUCUAUGAGCUUGUUGAACAUUAUUUAUUUGGACCAAUUCCAGAAUCUUGAUUGAAAUUGGUACGACUUAUUUGAAUGUGUUAUGAGGAUGUUUUUCCAA